CCAGAGAGACCAAAAGCUGUUGUGUCUGUAGAGCCUAAUGAACAAGCGUUUAUAGGAGAGACUACUACUCUCAGAUGUGUCAUACAUGGAGCAGGAGACACUGAGUGGAGAUACAGCUGGAAUAAGAGUGAUCAAAUAUUAUACACAUUCAAUACAGUGCAUACGAUAAGAAUAAGCCCUGUUAGAGAGUCUGACAGUGGUAAUUACACCUGUAGAGGAAAGAAGAGGAGUGACUCUCAGAGAUCAAAGAUCAGUGAUGCUGUUACACUGACUGUAUCAGAUAAACCCAAACCUACACUGACUGUAGAUCCAGAGAGUCCUGUGUUCACUGGAGAGUCAGUCACUCUGAAGUGUGAGAUAGAGUCUUACAGUAACUGGAGAUAUCAGUGGUAUAAAGGCAGCAGUAGAACUGCACUCAGUCAGUCUCAGACAUACACCUUCACCAUCAGAUCAGCAGCAGAUCAGGAUCAGUACUGGUGUAGAGGAGAGAGAGAUAACAGACCCUCAUCAUCACAACACAGCAAUCCUGUUACUCUCACAGUGAAAGAGAGACCAAAAGCUGUGGUGUCCAUACAGCCUAAUAAACAGGUGUUCAGAGGAGAGACCGUCACUCUCAGAUGUGACAUUCGGGGAAAAGGUAUCUCUAACUGGCAGUACAGCUGGUUUAAAGAUGAUUCAUCCACUCCUGUCAGUAAUAAACAGCAGUACAGAAUCAGCUCUGUUACAGAGUCUCACAGUGGAAUAUACACCUGUAGAGGAACAGUGAGAGGAACAUCACGCUACUCACACACCAGUGAUGCUGUUACACUGACUGUAUCAGGUGAGUCAAUGUCCCUUCCAGUCUUUCUGAUGGUCAGUCCCAGCAGAGCUCAACACUUUAUCACUGACUCUCUCUCACUGAGCUGUGAGGGACAGAGUGACUCUACUGGAUGGAGAGUGAGACGAUACACACACAGUGAGAAGGUGUCAGAUUGUUCAUCAGGCUGGGGAUCAGUUACAAAAUCUACAGGCAGCAUCAGCUCCCUCAACACAUCCCACACUGGAGUGUACUGGUGUGAGUCUGAAUCUGGAGAGAGCAGCAAUCCUGUCAACAUCACAGUGCACAAUGGUGAUGUGAUUCUGGACAGUCCUGUUCAUCCUGUGACUGAGGGAGAUCCUCUGACUCUACACUGUUUAUAUCGUGACCCAAAGCCCUCAAACCUCACAGCUGAGUUCUAUAAAGAUGGAUCACUCCUCCAGACUCAGACUACAGGAGAGAUGACCAUCCAUACUGUCUCAAAGUCAGAUGAAGGUCUCUAUCACUGUAAACACCCAGAGAAAGGAGAGUCUCCACAGAGCUGGAUCUCAGUCAGAAGAUCUAAUCAUGUAACAGUAAUAUUGGUGGCGGUGGCACUGAGUUUGACCCUGUUCCUCAUUGUUAUGCUAUGCCUGAUUUGUUGCUGCAAGAAGAAGAAAGGAAAUAAGAAGAACACCAGUCAGACAUCCGGCCAGAGCCAGAAUACAGGAUCCACACUGCUGCAGCCUGGUCAGUUUUCAUCAACAAUAAACCAGCAUUUAGUUUUUACUCAAGUUAACCCUUCUCACUAA